CGACAACCAUCACAACAACUCUCCUCCUCCACUCUCUGCUUCAACCAUGACGGAGGUAAACCCUAACCCUAACCCUAAUCACAAUGGGAUCGUGGCCUCCGAUUGGAUAGAACAGGCACAAGCCGCCGCUCUUCUUCGCUACCCCGUCAUCGCGGGAAGAGGACCUUCUUUUAGCGUCAUUGAGGAGUUCAACAAAUGGAGACAGCAGGCGGAUUUGGCGGAGGCUGUUGCGGCGAUUCGUGCUCUCGCGGCGGUUAUUAGGGCUAGCGAAGCGAGGACCAUGAUGGAGCUCGAGAUUGAACUCAAGAAAGCUUCUGCUACAUUGAAAUCAUGGGACACAACUUCUAUAUCCUUAAGAGCAGGAUGUGAUCUAUUCAUGCGCUACGUGACUCGAACAUCUGCGUUAGAGUCUGAGGAUUUCAAUACAGCAAAGUCCCGCGUGCUUGGACGUGCUGAGAAGUUCGGAGAAAUAUCUUACAAGGCUCGAAAGAUCAUUGCAGUGCUUAGUCAAGAUUUCAUCUUUGAUGGGUGUACUAUACUGGUUCAUGGCUUCUCCAGAGUUGUACUCGAAAUACUAAAGACAGCAACUCAAAACAAGAAACUCUUUCGAGUUCUGUGUACAGAGGGAAGGCCAGACAAAACUGGUGUGCUGCUAGCUAAAGAGCUUGCAAAGCUAGAUGUUCCAGUGAAGCUUCUGAUUGAUUCAGCUGUGGCCUAUAGCAUGGAUGAAGUAGACAUGGUGAUUGUUGGAGCAGACGGAGUAGUUGAAAGUGGCGGUGUGAUUAACAUGAUGGGUACUUACCAAAUCGCUCUUUUAGCACAUAGUAUGAACAAACCAGUCUAUGUAGCUGCAGAGAGUUACAAGUUUGCACGUCUCUACCCGUUGGAUCAAAAGGACUUGGCACCGGCCUUGCGACCUAUUGAUUUUGGUGUUCAUGUUCCUCCUAAGAUCGAGGUAGAGAGAUCUGCGAGAGACUACACUCCUCCUCAGUACUUGACUAUGCUAUUCACUGAUCUUGGUGUUCUCACUCCAUCUGUAGUUAGUGAUGAGCUGAUUCAGCUUUACUUGUAAGGAGUGUCUUCUUCAUUUACUCCUUGGCUGCGAACUUUCAUUUCUUUGUAUAAAAAGGUAGAAAGCCCAUUCUUUGACUGUACAUAGACACAAGCUUGUCUUACUGCUUAUGCAGAACGUUUUGGUGAGGGAGAGAGAUUGUUACUUGUAAUCUUUACUCAACAUUUAUCUCUUAAUGGUGCAUUUGAAGACAUUUCAGACUUUGUAAAACUUUAGCCAAUAAAUUCAUGAAUAGUAUCAGUAACUUAGCUUAUACGUACUUAUGGAUGAAUUUUGUUUAUUAUAUU